AUGCCUUAUAGGCUGAUGAGUCACGAAUGGAUCGGGCAGAACAGAAACAAAGUUUUGCCAGCCGGACUGAUGAACCCGGACUACAAGAAGCUUACGAAGGAGGAAAAAAAGACGAGAGACGAGGAAAGGCUACGAAAUCAAGAGAAGCAAAGGCUAGCAGCGGAGAAGAACAAGAUGGAGAAGGCUACAGGGAAACCUGCUCAUCUGCAGGGUUAUACUACCAAGAAGUGA